AUGUCAUUCGAUUCACAAUCAGAAAGUUGGUGGUGUAUCGUGAUUGGAAACUUGUUUUAUUAUUUCAGACGAGCCACUAAAUAUGGAUCGAGAAAAGACGCCGCCACCAACAGCUUUCACAACGGCGCUCAUCUGCCGCAACGUAACAACUACGCUCUCCAACAAAAACUCUGACAACUCCGUUUUAGAUAUCGGAGGCUACAGAAGUGUCAGGCACAACAUUUUAUCCCUCAAUAUCUAAAAAUUGUGCUUGUCGUUGUGCGUGCGGAAGGUGCUGUUGUGACGAGAUUGCGGCAGCCGUUUUGAGUAAAAAUCUUCCAUCGAGGUCGGGCACGCCGCACAGUUCUUGCAGCAGUCAGCAACUAGUAUGCGAAUCUCUUCAGAUUGAAUAAGUUUUUGAAAUUCUAGAUUUCUGCGGGUACGGGACAUGUCAAUGCGGCUGCGAACCAACAACCAGAUGUUUUCGGAAAUCCGCACCCGACUGCAGCUCCCUCUACAAACGGUCAGAUGUACAACGUCACAAAUCAACAGUAUCCUAUUCCGUAUCAUCCGAUUACUGCGAUUCCGCCUGGAUUUGAAGGAUUCCAAAAACAAGUUCAUCCGAAAAACACUUGCCAACUAACAUUACACAUUUUUCCAGAUAAUCUCUUCUCAGGUUCCGCUUGGAUUUGGAGGAUUUUUGAAUCAGGGAAACGCCAAUCCAAUGUACGGGCAAAAUGGAAGUAACGCGGGUUUUCUCUCCCAGAGACAGAAUUAUCAGCAGCAUAUGGUGUUGAACACAAGCCAGCCUAUAUUUCACAACGAGCUCCAAUAUCCACCUCCCACUGCCUAUCCAGUUAGUUGUAUUACUUAAAACAUACAUAUUUUCACAAUUUUACUUUUUUUAUUUCACGAAUGUAGUCUUUCCCUAACACAGCGAACUCAAUUCAGCAAUUUUCCCAAUUCAUUCCAAACCGUCAAGGACCAGCUCCGAUCGAUGAACCCAAGGGUCCUCCUUCCUUCAGCAACCCCGUUCAAAUGCAAGGAAAUCAGGAACAGGAAGAUGUAAACCUCUUUGAUAGCAAUCUCGGAAGCUGCGUUGCCGGGUCGGAGUAUGGUAGACCACCAACUGAUCCUCGUCAGGUUAGUUUUCCGUAGAGAAACACUUUUCAAUCCAGAAACUUGCAGAUUUCUCAUACUUCUCCGAGCACAUGUGCGUCUGAGGGAAGCACGCCGGCAUGUCUUCUGAAUCCAGUGCCUUCUGAAAUAUUCGUGGUGGAUAGAACCAGCAAUUCGGAGGUAAUCUUGAAAUGAUAUAAAGUGUUUUAUGUUUCAUCUCACAUCAGGAGAUUCGCUCUUCCGAUUCCUCCCAUCUGUCGGAGGCAGCGGCUCCCGAAGUUGGAGUGGCGGGACCGUCGUGUUCAGCAAAAUCAAAAAACGCCUUAAAAAAGGAGCAGAAAGUAAUUGAGCUCGCUUUGAGAAAAGAACAGAAGUAUCUAAAAACAAUGGCAAAGAAAGAGGCAAAACGAAAAAAGGACGAGGAAGACGAGAGGAUUAUGAACCAAGCAGUGGCGGAUAAUAUUGCAGUUCAAGAAGCCAUGAAGAAGGAGGAGGCGGAGGCGACGGCAAAGUGGUUCGAAGAAUUAAUCAAGGACAGUCACGAUACUGUGGAACAGGCAAAGAAUGUUAUGAGUCAGUUGAAGCAAAUGCUUAGCAAAGUAAUGUUUUAAAAUGAUCUGAUUGCAGCUGAAUACGAUAAACAACUUGCUGAGUUGUCGUCCGAAGAUUUGGUGCAUCUCCGAAUAGAAGAGAUAAAAGAUAAGGGCUUGGAAAGUAAGAUCCUUUUAAAUAUCAGACACUAAUUCUCUGUUUCAGAUACUUCUCACGACAUCGAUCGAGAAGUCAAGAAAUAUAUUGAAAAAGAUUUUUGCAGCUUUAAAGGUGUGCAAAAUGUUGUUUGAUGUUUAUACCUAUCACAUUUUCAGAAAUGUGGCGAACAGCACUUGACUUCCUUGAUUCAAAAAUGUUAUUUGUUCGUGCCGGCCCGUAAUAUGUUUUUAUUUUUAGCUGUUUUUCAGAAUCCCAUCCAAUACGGUCCGAUACAAAGGUGUUAUGAUAUAGUGCUUGCUCCGCAUUUCGCGUACUUUAGCACCCUGCACGGAGAAGAGCAGAAAGAAUUCGAAGAAAGGUUUCUGGCGUCAUUCCAAUUUGAAGACAUUUCGGAGAGUCCAGUUAAGCCCAAAUAG